CCGGCCGGACUGCGCUUGCGCCAUUCUUUGGCGCCAAGAUGGCGAUGGAGAUGAGGCUUCCCGUCGCUCGCAAGCCCCUUAGCGAGGGCUUGGACCGCGAUACUAAGAAACACCUGGUGGUUCCGGGGGACACGAUCACCACGGACACGGGAUUCAUGCGGGGCCAUGGAACUUACAUGGGGGAAGAGAAGCUCAUUGCAUCUGUGGCUGGCUCCGUGGAGAGGGUAAACAAGUUGAUCUGUGUGAAAGCCUUGAAAACCAGAUACAAUGGUGAAGUAGGAGACAUUGUAGUGGGGAGAAUCACAGAGGUUCAACAGAAGAGGUGGAAGGUAGAGACCAACUCUAGGCUGGAUUCAGUCUUGCUUCUCUCAUCUAUGAACCUUCCUGGAGGAGAGCUGAGGAGAAGAUCUGCGGAAGAUGAGCUGGCCAUGAGAGGUUUCUUGCAGGAAGGGGACCUUAUCAGUGCGGAAGUCCAGGCAGUGUUCUCUGAUGGAGCGGUGUCUCUGCACACAAGGAGUCUGAAAUACGGAAAACUAGGUCAGGGGGUUCUGGUCCAGGUGUCCCCCUCCCUGGUGAAGCGGCAGAAGACUCACUUCCAUGACCUGCCGUGUGGUGCGUCGGUGAUUCUGGGCACCAACGGCUUCAUCUGGAUCUACCCGACGCCUGGCCACAAAGAAGAGGAUGCAGGGGGCCUCACUGCAAACCUGGAGCCUGUCUCCCUCGCUGACCGAGAGGUGAUCUCCCGGCUUCGGAACUGCAUCGUCUCGCUGGUCACUCAGAGGAUGAUGUUGUACGAUACCAGUAUCCUGUAUUGCUAUGAGGCGUCCCUUCCGCAUCAGAUCAAAGACAUCUUAAAGCCAGAAGUAAUGGAGGAAAUAGUGAUGGAAACGCGCCAGAGGCUUUUAGAACAGGAGGGAUGAAGAGAGGCCUCUGAAGGACAGGACUGCGUGUACCUGAGUGGAGCAGUUCUUGAAACUGAAGAAGCUGAUUUGUGGUCCCCAAGUGUGGCUCAGCGGAGAACCGUGAAACUCAUCCCUUAACCCACACUGGGCCGCCUCCGGCCCAGAGGGCUGCUGUCUCUUGUUCUCAGACAAAGCCUGGGGAAUGUACUGCCAGUCCCUUAGGUUGCCUGCAGAGUCCGGCACUAGGGUAGUUUCGAGCCUUUAAAAGCACGUGGUGUUCCAGCCAAGUGGCCUCCCAUCCUCGAAUAAUACGGAGAAUCUUUUGUCUUCUACUCACCAUCAGUUCACAAGGCACAAAGCCCCCAUGAAACUGCCCCUGUAAACAACACAGCCUCCCUGACCCCCAGAUUGUCCGUUUUGGCCUCUAUUUCCACCUCUGCAGCACAAGUACGACAUUGAAGAAUAUAGUUAGUGACGUCAACCCGGCAGUCGAAUAGAAGAAUAAAGUUAACCAAGCGGC